CAAAUCGCAUCAGUGGGCGACUGCAAACACACGCAGCCUCCUCUCAACCUCUCCUGCUGCUGUCAUCAGGGACAAAAACCACCAGUAAACACUCACCACACCUGGAUCUAUCUCUUAAAGCCGUAUAUUUUCACCUGAUGUGAGAGAGUGUUUUACAGGGAGCAGUGAUGGGCGCGUUUGGAGUGAUUCUGAGGAGUUUACAUUGUAUGGGACUCUAUAUCCAACUUAGUGCCAGUCUCAGACAAGCUGGAAGCGACGACGUGGAGAACCACAUAUCCAACAACGCGGUCUUCACAGAGGUCCCUCAUGACAUCACGGCACAGAGUGGGCAGGACGUGGAGAUGGCCUGCUCGUUUCGAGGGGCGGGCUCGCCGUCCUAUUCAUUGGAGAUUCAGUGGUGGUACAUCAGGAACCACAGAGAAUGGACCGACAAGCAGACGUGGACCACCAAUCAGGUGGUGCCACAGAAUGAGAUGUCAAAGGACGCCACCAAGAUCAGUGUGGUGAAGGUUGCCGGAAGCAACAUCUCCCACAAGCUCCGUCUGUCCAACAUCAAGCCGUCAGACGAGGGCACGUACGAAUGCCGCGUCAUCGACUUCAGCGACAGCAAGCUGCGUCACCAUCGCGUGCGGGCGUACCUGCAGGUGGAGCGCGCGGAGGGGAACGCAGCUCCUCCGUCCCAUCAGGGGGCGACGUCACAAGAGGAAGUCCUGCAGUCUGACCAUCACAAGCACCAGCCGGCCCACCACGCUCACCACAAACCCGGCCGAGAGCUCAGGAAGAGGUCCGCUGAUGAUAGUACCGUUGACUGCACGGAGAGCUGUGUACUUUAGGUUCCUCCUAACUGCCCCGUACACCCACAUCAUUCCUUACACCGACCCCUAAGUUGGGAUAGUUCAUCCAAAAAUGAAACAUUUCUCAUUUUCUCAGCCUCAUGUCAUUCCAAAACCCAUGUGACCGACUUUCUUACGGGAUAGUUCACACAAAAAUGGAAAUUUUGUCAUCAUUUACUCACCCUCAUGUUGUUCCAAACCUGUAUGAGUUUGUUUCUUCUGCUGAACACAAAAGAAGAUAUUUUGGUAACCAUAUAAUAGU